AUGUCGACCACCACCGUCACAACACAGACCAACGGCGCCGGCGCCGUGGCGGCCAAGGCCUCGCCCCGCGACGUGUGGGAGAAGCGCAUCUCGGAGCUCAUCGACCAGGCGCAGCAGCACAAGGAGCCGUACGACGCCGAGUUCGGCAAGUUCACCAUCAACAUCCACCCCACCGUCUACUCGCCAAAGUACUUCCCCGAGACGUGGUGGUACGCGCAGAACAUGCCCGCCAUCGUCAGCAAGGGCAGCUGGCUCGAGGUUGGCGUCGGGUCCGGGCUCAACACAGUGGCCGUGGCCGCCGCCGGCUCGGCCGUCUGGGGCGUCGACAUUAACCCCAACGCCGUGGCCACGACGCGCAAGAACCUGGCCACCAACGGGCUCGAGGGCACCGUGGUCGAGAGCGACGUCUUCAACGGGCUCGCGGCCGCGGGCGCGCCCCGCUUCGACUUCAUCUUCUGGAACCACCCGUGGCAGUACGACGCCACGGUGCCGGACCAGCUCAAGUCGGAGAAGACGUUCGACGGCGAGUACAAGCUGCUGCGCCGCUUCGUCGCCGAGGCCGAGCGCCACCUGACCGAGAGGGGCGUCGUGCUGCUGGGCACCAGCGCCUACGCCAACCGCGACGCCAUCUACCAGAUCGCGUCCGACUCGGGCUACGCCCACCGCGAGCUCCUGGCCGGCACCGAGCCCAUCGGCAGCGGCGUCGUCGAGGAGUACUACAUUAUCGAGCUGAAGAAGAAGAAGAACUGA